GACAGAAGGGCAAGAGUAACAGCAGAAUGAAGGUCGACCAAGGAGAAAGAGGAGAAAAUGUAGUACUUCACUAAGACCAGAAGAGGUCAACACACUUCAGUCUAACAGAGGUCUGGAACAACUAUAUAGACGGACGGAAGGUGGAUGGAUGAACAGAUGGAUUAGCGGAGGAGGUGUGCGUACCCUGCAGUGUGGAAGGAGACCAUUGGGAAUAGACCUUACUAAACACCUUGACCUACAAAAACUGCAUUGCAUUUUGCAUUGAUGCAUUUGGCAGAUGCAGGUAUGCACAUUGCCUGGAAUCAAACAAACAGCCUUGGCACUUUUGAGCUACAGGAACAUUCACAUGGCCAGACAAAACAUUAAACAUAGACAAACAAAUCUGCAUUCCAAGUGUUUCCCUACUGAUAAAAAUUGGUUUCUUGACUUUCAAAAAUUGCAUUGGAUUUUGCAUUAAUGCAUUUGGCAGAUGCAUGUAUGUACAUUCUCUGGAACCAAAUGCACAACCUUGAGCUACAGGAACAUUCACACAAGCAAAAAAUAAGAAAAACACAGAUACAUUGCUAGUGUUUCUUUACCGAUAAAACGAAAUGCAUCACAUUUUGCAUUUAUGCAUUUGGCAGAUGCAAGUAUGUGUGUUCAAACACACAACCUUGACAUUGCUGAGCUGCAGGAACAUUAACAUAACCAGAAGAUAAGAUAAACACACCACAAACACAACUACAUUUCAAUUUUUUCUCUGCUGAUAAAACUGUUAAGAAAGUCACGCAUGUUGUCCAACAAAAACUGCUUUACAUUUUGCAAUGAUGCGUUUCGCAGAUGCAAUUAUGUCAGUUGCCUGAAAUCAAAUGCACAACCUUGGCAUUACUGAGCUAUAGGAACACUGGAAAAGCCAGAAAAUAAGCUAAACACAAAAACUGCAUUCCAUUUGAACAUCUCGAACUACAAAAAUCCCAUUGCAUUAAAUAAGCUAAACACAGAAAUUGCAUUGCAUUUUGAACAUCACAAACUACAAAAAUUCCAUUGCAUUUUGCAUUAAUGCAUUUUGCUGAUGCAACCAUGUGCACUGCCAGAAAUUAAACACACAACUUUGAGCUACAGGAACAUUCACACAAACAGAAAAAAAGAUAAGACACAUACCUUCAUUCCUAAUGUUCAUCUACCAAUAAGACCAUCAGAAAAUCACACAUCUUGACUCACAAAAAAUUGCUUUGCAUUUUGAACAUCUCAAACAAGAAAAACUGCUUUGCAUUUUGGCAUUAUUGAGCUUCAGGAACAUUCAGAAUGCCAGAAAAACAGACAGAAAUUCUAGUGAUUUUCUGCUGAUAAGUAGAAAUCACCCAAAUACAAACAAAAUGAUAUCUCAGAUAGCACUGGCUGUGAUGCUCUCUGUUAUUAUCCUACUCACUGUCAGUGGAAAUAUUUUGGUUUGUCUGGCUGUGUACGUGACCAGACGCCUACGUAACGUCACCAACUGCUUCAUCGUCUCAUUAGCGGUUACGGACUUUUUACUGGGUGCUCUCGUGCUGCCGUUUUCCACUCUUUACCAAGUUACGGGCGAGUGGCCACUGGGGGCGCACUUCUGCAACAUCUACAUUUCGCUAGACGUCAUGCUAUGCACCGCCUCCAUACUCAAUCUCUUCGCUAUCAGCUUGGACCGGUACUUUGCGGUCACUGCCCCGUUGCGUUAUCCAAUGCUAGUGCUUCCGUGGCGAGUUGGUGUGAUUUUAGCGACAAUCUGGCUGGUUUCUGUUGGUGUUUCAUUUGUACCUAUCCACCUAGGCUGGAAUACACGAGACUUAAGUGUGCAAAAUAUUCGUGAGGGCGACCCUGCGCGAGACUGCCGGUUUGAGUUAAAUCCAACGUAUGCAGUGGUCGACGCCUUUGCGACAUUUUAUCUUCCCCUGGUGGCCAUGUGCUGGAGCUACCACCAAGUUUUUCGCAUCGCAAGGACACAGGCAAAAAGGAUAAUUUCUACGCAACGGGGUUCGUCAUCUUCAACAGGAGCGACGACACUCACCCUGCGUGAGCACAAAGCCACAGUGACGCUAGCAGUGGUGCUUGGCGCUUUUGUGGUGUGCUGGUUCCCAUAUUUCACAUUUUUUACGAUAAUGGGAAUACGUAACGAAGACAACCCGCCACGGACAGUGCAGUCAGUGGUGCUUUGGCUAGGAUACGCAAACUCUGCCCUAAACCCAGUACUUUACGCCACACUCAAUAGAGACUUCAGGUCGGCUUAUGCCAAGUUGCUCUGCGGAGGACGAGGAUGUAAAACGAAGACGAGAAUUCCGAUGGCAACAAUGGGGGAGGGGCCAAUGGGUGGACACGCCCCUCUGCCAAACAGGGCGGGGCUUCUGCCUAGAACUUGUGUGCUGCUGCAAGAGAUCGAAAAUGGGAAGAUGGUCGACAGCAACACAAUAACUGGUGCUACAGUUACCAUUAUAGCUAAUGGGAAUAAAAGGUAGUAGAAGUACAAGUUCUUUUCCCCGUUACAACAGAGAUUGAAUGAAUUUAAUGUGCUGUUGUUUUGUCUUAUUGUCUUCGUAUCUGCUCAUUUAUUUAUCUGUCAGCAGCCUACAGGGAACCCAAGUAUUAAGACAGAGUAAUUAAAAAUACACGCAGAAAGUACAAAUGCAAUUAAUCAUAACUAAUUGUAGCAAAAUGCUUUUCUUUUUUUAAUGCCAUCUGGUGGCCAUGAGAAGUAAUAAGAUAUUGAUAAUAAUGUUUUAAUAAGAUUUUUUAAAUGUGACCUGGACAA